GCAACCCCUUUUCAAGGAGAAAUGAAGAAGAAAACUGUCUAUACCUUAAAUGUGGGAGAUCAGGAGUAUGAAGAUAUGGAAGGUGAAGAAGACAAAGAUAAUACUGCUACCGCUGGUUUGUUAUACAGUGAAGCUGACAGAUGUCCAAUAUGUCUUAAUUGCCUAUUAGAGAAGGAAGUUGGUUUUCCAGAAAGCUGUAAUCAUGUCUUCUGUAUGACCUGUAUUCUUAAAUGGGCAGAGACACAGGCUUCAUGUCCCAUUGACAGAAAACCUUUUCAAGCAGUGUUUAAAAUCAGUUCAUUGGAAGGUUGUGUUAAGGUUCAAGUAAAAAGACAGUUGAGAGAAGCAAAAGACAAGAUAAACGAAAGCUCUUUUAAGAAACAGCUCUCCUGUCAUGAAAAUUCUAAAAGCUGUAUGAGAAAAAACAUAGGAGAAGAUCUAUUAAGUGCAAAGCUUUAUGACUUGAAGAUGCAUAGAAAAACUAAAUACAGUGAAAUAGGAGGAAAGAAAAAUGCAACAAUGAAGAUAAAGAAGCUUCGAAGAUCAAAUCAGUGUACAAGUCAGUCCUUCAGAAAUUCUUUCUUCAAUAUGUUUUCUUCUACUAGUCACACUGGAGACUCUUCUUUUACCUGUAGAGCUUACUGUACAGAAUUUAUAGAAGUCAAUGAAAUCAGUGCAUUAAUUAGACAGAAGAGACAGGAACUGGAAUUGUCAUGGUUUCCUGAAACAUUACCUGGAAUUGGAAGAAUUGGUUUUAUACCCUGGAAUAUUGAAACAGAAGUCCUUCCUCUCAUCCCUUCUGUGUUGCCGAGAACUAUUUUUCCAACAAGUACCAUAUCUUUACAGAAUUUUGGUACUUCUUGCAAGGGAUAUGCAUUAGCACAUACUCAAGAAGGAGAAGAGAAGAAGCAAACUUCUGGUACAUCAAACACCAGAGGAUCAAGACGAAAAUCUGCAGCAGCAACUCCUACAAGGAGAUCUACACGUAACACAAGAUCUGAAACAGCCACUCAUUCUCAGAGAUCCCCGGCAUCAAAUAAUUCUGGGUGUGAUGCCCCAGAUAACAGUAAGCCAUCUCUCAGUGUUUCUUCUUCAGCUGAGUCAGAAAAGCAAACAAGACAGGCCCCCAAACGGAAGUCUGUAAGAAGAGGAAGAAAACCACCUUUACUGAAAAAGAAACUUCGAAGCUCUGUACCUCCUUCUGAAAAAGCAUCUUCCAGUGAUUCAGUAGAUGAAGAAACGGCAGAAUCUGACACACCACCUGUAUUAGAGAAAGAGCACCUAUCAGAUGAAGAAAUUAGAAACACUUGUACUGUGCAGACAAAUGUAGAAAAUAAGUCUGCUAAUGGCUUGAAAAGUUGCAGUGAGCAAAUAGAAGAAAGUGAGGAAUAUACUGAAAACCAUGACACAGAGGAAAAAGUAGAAUCUUCAUAUUCUGAGUCUUGUAUCCAAGAUCCUCCUGUUCUAGUUGGAGAGGAGGAGGACGUUCAGAAAGUUGAGAAUACGGGUAUUGAGGAAGUUCAAAAAGUUGAGAAUACAGGUAUUGAAGUUCAAAAAGUUGAGAAUACAGGUAUUGAGGAAGUUCAAAAAGUUGAGAACACAGGUAUUGAAGUUCAAAAAGUUGAGAAUACAGGUAUUGAAAUUCAAAAAGUUGAGAAUACAGGUAUUGAGGAAGUUCAAAAGGUUGAGAAUGCAGGUAUUGAGGAAGUUCAAAAAGUUGAGAAUACAGGUAUUGAAGUUCAAAAAGUUGAGAAUACAGGUAUUGAGGAAGUUCAAAAAAUUGAGAAUAUGGAUAAUGAGUCUAAUGUUUUUUGCUUAGAAAGUGAUAUUUCUAAAACUAUUUCUGAAGAAGGAGGUGAUGCAUUAGAAAAUGAAGACCAAAUAUCUUUACCUUCAGAAUCAGAAGUAAAAGCAGAUAUAUGUACAGAUUAUCCUCCAAAUGAUUCUCUUACAUGUUCAGCAUCUGAAAUUGAAGUAAACCAACCUGUACCAAGCCUACAUGAGUUAUCUGAGAAUGCAGAGAUAGUUAUGGUUAAUGAAGAAAAAGUUGUAGAGGUCAAUGAAGAAAAAGUUACAGAUGUUAAUGAUCAAGAGGUUAUAGAGAGUCCUAUAGUAGAAAUUAUUGAUCCUAAUGAUUCUACAGUAGAAGCAGAACAGCUUGUAGACAGCCCAAGAUUAGAAUCUUCUGAGGGUGGAAUUAUACAAACAGUGGACAAAACCUCUAUUGAGAUCUCAGAGAUUCAGUUGCCUGGGCAUGUUGAAACUGGAGAUACAGAAGUAAUGUGUGAUACUUCAGGGAAUGAAAAUUUUAGUAGUAUUCAAGACUCUGAAAGUAAUUUAUUAAAAAAUAAUCUUAACACCAAAUUAGACACAUCUUUAGAAGAAAAGGCUGAGUCUCUGGUUGAACAACCCAGAUCUUCAGAAUUGCCUAACACACACAUUGAACAGAUUCAGAAACAUUUUAGUGAAGACAAUAAUGAAAUGAUACCCAUGGAAUGUGAUUCAUAUUGCAGUGAUCAGAAUGAGUCUGGAAUUGAACUGUCUGUAAAUACUGAUGCUAAACAACUAAACAAAAAUUCUGCAGAGCACAGUUCUCAAAAUAAUAUGCCAUUUUCUGAUCCUGUAAGUGAAAAAGUUGAAACUGUAUCUCAGCCAUUUGAAAACCCAAUUGAUAUGAUAGAUAAAGCAAAAAAGCCUCGUACUCGAAGAUCUAGAUUUCAUUCCCCAUCUACAACUUGGUCUCCCAACAAAGAUACUGCAAAGAAGCGCUCUCAGUCUCCAUCUCCCAAAAGAGAAACUGGGAAAGAAAGCAGGAAGUCUCGGUCACCAUCUCCCAAAAAAGAAUCUUCAAGAGGACGGAGAAAAUCUCGUUCCCAGUCCCCAAAACAGGAUAUUGCAAGAGAAAGAAGGCAGUCACAGUCUCGAUCUCCAAAAAGAGACAGCACAAGGGAAGGCAAAAGAUCAGAGUCACUCUCCCCAAAGAGAGACACUUCUAGAGAGAACAGAAGAUCUCAGUCACGAGUGAAAGAUUCCUCCCCAACAGAAAAAUCCAGGUCCCGGAGCAGAGAAAGAGAAAGUGAUAGAGAUGGGCCUAGAAGAGAGAGAGAAAGAGAUAGAGAAAGGAGAACCAGAAGGUGGUCUAGGUCCAGAUCUCGUUCUAGGUCACCAUCAAGAUCUAGAACAAAAAGUAAGAGUUCAUCAUUUGGUAGAAAUGACAGAGAUAACUACUCUCCUCGGUGGAAGGAAAGAUGGGCAAAUGAUGGUUGGAGAUGUCCACGAGGAAAUGAUCGGUACAGAAAGAACGACCCAGAGAAACAGAAUGAAAAUAUAAGAAAAGAAAAAAAUGACAUCAGUCCAGAUGCUGAUGAUCCAAAUUCUGCUGACAAACAUAGAAAUGACUGUUCCAGUUGGGUAACAGAAACAAUAAAUUCUGGACCUGAUCCAAGGACCAGACAUCCAGAAAAGUUAAAAGAUUCCCCUUGGGAAGAAAAUAGAAAUGAAAAUUCAGGGAAUGCUUGGAAUAAAAACUUUGGUUCAGGUUGGAUGUCUAACCGUGGUAGAGGUAACCGGGGCAGAGGCACUUACAGAGGUAAUUUUGUCUAUUCAGAUCAAAAUGAAAAUCGGUGGCAAAACCGAAAACCCCUCUCAGGGAAUUCAAAUGGUUCAGGGAAUGAGUCUUUCAAGUUUGUGGAACAGCAACACUAUAAGCGGAAAAGUGAGCAAGAGUUCUCAUUUGAUACACCAGCAGAUAGGUCCGGGUGGACAUCUGCAUCUAGUUGGGCUGUGAGAAAGACUCUUCCAGCAGAUGUGCAAAACUAUUAUUCACGACGAGGGAGGAAUUCCUCAGGCUCACCGUCUGGAUGGAUGAGACAGGAAGAGGAAACACCUGGACAGGAUUCUAACCUAAAAGACCAAACAAACCAACAAGGUGAUGGUUCUCAACUACCUAUAAAUAUGAUGCAACCACAAAUGAAUGUAAUGCAGCAACAAAUGAAUGCACAGCACCAGCCUAUGAAUAUCUUCCCAUAUCCAAUGGGUGUUCAUGCUCCUUUGAUGAACAUCCAGCGCAAUCCAUUUAAUAUUCAUCCUCAGCUACCCUUGCAUCUGCACACAGGAGUACCUCUCAUGCAGGUAGCUGCUCCUACUGGUGUAUCUCAGGGACUACCACCACCCCCACCCCCUCCCCCACCAUCCCAACAAGUCAACUACAUUGCUUCACAGCCAGAUGGAAAGCAAUUGCAGGGUAUUCCUGGUACUUCUCAUGUAACUAAUAACAUGAGUACACCAGUCUUGCCUGCUCCGACAGCAGCCCCAGCAAAUAUGGAAACAGUUCAGGGACCAAGUUCUGGUAAUGCUUCGUCAUCAAGUCACAGCAAAGCCUCUAAUGCUGCUGUAAAAUUGGCAGAAAGCAAAGUAAGUGUUACAGUGGAAGCCAGCGCAGAUAGCUCGAAGACAGACAAGAAAUUGCAAAUUCAAGAGAAAGCAGCACAGGAGGUAAAACUGGCCAUUAAGCCCUUUUACCAAAAUAAAGAUAUCACCAAGGAAGAAUAUAAAGAGAUUGUACGAAAAGCAGUAGAUAAAGUUUGUCAUAGUAAGAGUGGAGAAGUCAAUUCUACUAAAGUGGCAAAUUUGGUUAAAGCCUAUGUAGACAAAUACAAAUAUUCACGGAAAGGAAGCCAAAAGAAAACUCUGGAAGAACCUGUGUCUACUGAGAAAAACAUAGGCUGAAAGGAGAGCACUAUAAGGACACUGUCAAGAUAUCUGCAAAGUGCAAUUUCAACAUAUACCUUUAACUGAAAAUCAUACCUAACUGUGAUUGAAAUUUGGUUUUGAUAAAAUUAUUUUUUUUAAUGUAGGAUAUGUUUUGUUCAAAAUAAAUAAUAGUUCUGCACUGUAACUUCUAUAUCCUUUCCUCCCCCACCCCCAAAUAAGAGCAAAUUCAAGGGAAACUAAAGGGGUUAAGGAAUGCAUUACUACUAGGACUGUUGCAGUGUGGAUGUGGAAGAUGUACAUACAGCUUUUUUAUUUCAACAAUGGAGUGCACAAAUUAGAAAUUUCUAAGUGCACUGGUUUUGGAAGAGAGAUAUAUAUAUAUAUAAUACCUUUAUUCUGUCAGGCUAAAAAUAAAGUAUGAUCUAUAUGAUUUUCCCCUCUAAUUAUAGAAAGUUAAGUAAUGUAUUACCAUGAAAAAUAUUUCUAAUAAGAGAACAUACCAAUUGCAGGAUUCCUAAUCUGUAUUUUUAAAAGCACACAUCUGAAUAAAUUGCUUUGCUAGAAAACAAGUGAUCACAUGAGUAAAACUCAGUGUUCAAAACUUCGGAACACUGUUGACCUAUUGUAUCACCAAAUAAAGGGUAUGCUGCUUGUUUUUCUUUGUGCCUUUUUUUCCCCCCGGUUGAGAUGAAGCUAGAUUUACAUUUGCUAGAUUUACAGCUUUGACAGUCUAAAUUCUUUGUUGAAUUUAGAAGAUCAAUGUGAAAAAGAGUGUUGACUUUGUAAAAGUUGUUUUUUCAUAAUAUUUCCUAUCGAUCAGAGAUGAUAAAUUUUCUGUGCCAACCAGAGGCCUGCAGUAAGUGGUGGCCACGAUCCUCUCUUUCUUGGGACUACAGUAGAAUUGUGAGACUCACUUCAGUGGCUUUCCAGUUGUUGUUCAUUUGUCCAAUCAUUAAUGAAAAUCUUUUCACACUUGAGAUAUCCAAAUGUUUUACAAUGAAUGAAGUGUUAAUUUGGUGACCGUAUGAUGGCCAUUAAGCAUGUUGUAAAAAUCUAGACAUUCAAAUCUGUGUUUUGGAAAGGGAGAGGAAUUAAAUAAUGGAGUUUGGGUUAGGCCUUCAGGGACUAGGGAUUUGGUUGUUUUUUUAAGUAUUAGAAUAUAUUAAUUUUUAUAAAAGGUAAGUUAAAAGUAUUAAUAGUACCAUUAUUUUAAUUGGCAUUUUGGAAGAAAACAAGAGUUGUCUCCAUGGUAAUCUGUCCUUAAUUCUAGUAACAGUUUUCAGUAGAUACCAAAUAACUGGAAAGUUAUUCAGACAAAGAUUAUAUAUGGCUCAAUGAAACAGGCUGACCCUUUUACUAGCUAAACUAGCAAGAGGAAUACUCUGUGGACUGUGCUUUUCUGAAAUAAAGAUUGUGUUUCUCAAUUUUAUGUGCAUAAUACUUUCCUGGUGCUAGCUUUGAUAGGCAAAAUAUUUUGAAAUGAUGGCCCCAAUAGUGAUUGUGCUAGUUCAUAAUCUUUAAUAGAUUAUGAGUAUAAUCCCCAAAAAGUAUUAGAAAUAUUUCCAAGCAGCUUUUGAUCUUUAUUCUGCAUUUUUGGGCAUUUGUAAUAUGGUAUUCUACUGAUUUAUAUAUAUUUUUAAUUAAAGUUUGUGUUUAGAUUAUGGGAAAGUGUAGAAGUAUAUUUCUUCUAAUAAAAUAUUAAGACAGUAUUUUAAAUAUCAAUGCACACAUCCUCACUUGUUUCAGUUUUGAGCUCUAGAAACAACUGUGUUAACUUUAAAUCUAUUUUGAGUUAAAGCUGGUUCACACUUUGAAAAUUUUGUAGCAAAUUGCCUAAGCCAAUUAAUCACACAAUGCCUACUUUUCCUUUUUUUUUUUCCAGUGACUUUUGGGAUUUUGGUGACAUUUUAAAAUUUCUUUACUAUUUAUCAUUUGAAAACAUGUUUAAAAUAAAUUUUAAAGAAAAACUAGGUGGCAUGAUCAAAUCUCAGAUGUUUGGCAGCACUGUCAUGAAUUAUUUCCACCUUUCCUGAAAAUAAGGUGUAAUCCAUAUCUGGUUGGUGUACUGGUUAGAACGCAUUUAGAAUAGCUAAUGAAGAAUGCUACUGCAUUAGAAUUCAAACUUUUAAAACUUUGAAAUAUUUGAGAACGUAUUAGAAAGUGCAUGCUUUAUGUUAAAAAAUACAUUGCUUUAACAUUCCCCAUUCUUGGUUUUUCAGAAAUUUAUAUUAAUUUUGCAUGUGUGCAUACUUAAAAAUAUUUUGUGGUGUUACAGAUUUCUCUUAUUUAUGAAGAUUCAGUAUUAACUUGACCUUUGAAACCUUGUUCCUUUAACUUACUAGUCACAUUGACCAAUGUUUUAAGAGGUAGGGAUGUCUAGAAUUUUGAGACUGAAGGUAGCUAUUAUUUGAACAUUCCAAAAGUUUUGUGAUUUUUUCCCCUGGUAAUUACCACAUUUUCUUCAUCAUCUUCCUUUAAAUGACCACAGAAUGUGCUGCUUGAAUGUUCAUCAAAAAGGUGUAGUUUCGGGAGCACGGGUGGUUGCCAUGGUCCACGACACAUUGUUUGUAGUGUGAGGAUGGAGUGCUGUCUACUGAAGCAAUGCUCUUAAACAGAUAUGUAGUAUGUAAUAUUUUCUAAUAAAUUCUUUUGAUAAACAAA